AUGAUUGGUCGGCAUCUCACAACCUCUCAGUCGGCGCAAUCGAGCUCAACGCCGCCCGCAUCGAGCGAUCCUGCCGAGGUGAGUGUGAGGUCUCAGCGGUAGAGCAAGGCAUGAGAGGCUUAUCUGUUGAAUUUGGUACGCAAUCCUUCACAGCCCCUUGUCCGCUUCGAGUCGCUGCACGCGCUUCGCAAGGCCACCUUGAACCGGCCCGCCGCAUUCAAUGCCCUCAACAAGGAAAUGGUCGAUUUGCUGCAGCCACAACUCGAAGUACGUUUUGCCUUCAAUUUGCUGUCCUUGGGCGAUGAUAUCAGUUGUUGAUCAGUUGCGCUGCGGUAGAAAUGGGAGGCCUCGGACCUGGCCAGCGUCAUCGUCCUCCGGGGUACCGGCAAACACUUCUGCGCUGGAGGGGAUGUCAAAAGUCGGUCAUAUGGUUGUCUCGUCGUGCGGAGGGAGGCCGCGGGUUUGUGUUGCUUGGUGCUGACGAGAUGGCGAACUCUCUUCCGCAGCCCUUGCCAAGCAGCUUGCGACCGUGGAGACAUGGGCUGACUCGGCCAGCUUCUUCGGUGACGAAUAUGUCACGGAUCAUUUCAUCGCAAACAUGCGUACACCGGUGGUCGCGUUCAUACAUGGCAAUACACGUAAGCCCUUCGCACGCUACGAACAUGUAGGAGUUUCCGGCAUGUAGGAUUCGAACUGAAGGGUGGUCUUUAUGCAGUGGGUGGUGGAUGUGGCCUCUCGAUGCAUGCUCCUUUCCGCAUUGCCACCGAGACGACCAUUUUGGGCAUGCCAGAGACAAACAUCGGCCUCUUCCCUGACGUCGGUGCCAACUUCUUCCUACCCCGCCUCGAUGGCGAGCUCGGCGUUUACCUCGGCUUGACGGGCCACACCCUACGAGGAAAAGACGCUCUCUUCGCCGGCUUCGCGUCCCAUUUUGUCCCGUCUGAACGUCUCAAUGCUGUCGAAGCAAGGUUGAGCGAGCUUGGUGCAAAGGCUGCGCUUGAGGACGUCAACGCCGCCAUUGAGGAGUUUGUCGCCGAUGCCGAGGAGCUUCAGAGUGGGCCAGCAUACCCGCUCGUGGGUGCAAAGCGACGAGCGAUCGAUGCCAUCUUCGGUCGCAAGACGGUCGAAUCGAUCAUUUCUGGCCUCUCUGAAGUCGAGUCGGGUUCGAUGCCACUCGAUAAGCUCGUAUUUGAAGGGGAGGAAGUUGAUGUAGGUGAAUUGCAGCAAUGGGCGAAGACUACAAGAGAAGUCCUCGAGCAUCGCAGCCCGACCAGUCUCAAGUUGACGCUCAAGGCCAUCCGGGAAGGUGCGAAGCUAGACAUCGACGAGGUUUUCGCUAUGGAUCUGAGGAUUGCCACCGCAUGCUGCGUAAGCACUCUGGUUGACUACCAAAUGCACAGCGCUGCAACUGACAGGCAGCUAAAUGUUUUUGUUCCCUGAAGAAUCCCACCAUCCACCCUGAUUUCAAAGUUGGGGUCACUCACUUGCUUGUCGACAAACGCAAGGACCGUGCGCCGUGGUCGCCCUCUAGUCUGGCAGAAGUCGAGGACUCGACGAUCCUGAAUAACUUCUUCUCGAACCCUGCGCCGUUCUCCAACCCUCCGGUCAAACCACUACAAAAGCGCGCCCCUGAAUCAGCCCGUCCGUACCGAGAAUACCCGCAUGCUCGGUUUUCCCUACCUUCGGAACGGCAGAUCAAGGACGUUGUGACGGGAGAGGCGAAAGGCAGUGGGAAGUUUGCGAUGACGAAGGACGAAGUCGUCGCCAGGGUCGCCCAAGAAGCUCAGAGAUUGUCGGGUGGCGCUGAGAAGAUUGGGCUUCGCGAGAAGGUGAACGAGGUCCUGCAGCGCAAGUGCCGGGUGGGAGAACAGGGAACUUUGAGGUGGGUAAGCAGCUCGACAGUAUAA